AUGCGCUGCUUGGACAUCGGAUACUCGACCACCAAAAAUGAUGCUUGUCUCGGCGGCUACUACGGAGAGGGCCUCAAAUUGGCGGCACUCGUAUUUUGCCGGGGUGGAUCGCAUAUUAAGCUCUGCUCCAAUAGUUCUCACUGGAACUUUGCCUUGAAAGGACGCGGUAAUCGGAACCUCUACUGCAAUAUUACCCUGGCCAGUAGGGAUAAAGUCCAGAGGCUUCGAGACAAGGCGACAAGACGACGCGGUGCGAUGUCCCCAAGCGACUUGACCGCCAAUAUCUGGGAAGAUGUUUCGGUCAUCAUCAAACGAGAGGGCCCUCUAGGAAAGAUCACACAGGAGGAGUUUGAGGGAUGGUUGAGGACAACAAUCGAUAUUAGUCCCCCAUCUGGGCUUAUACGAACACUCGCCGGCGACCUGAUCCUUGAUGGCGCAUACUCUGGGUCGCUGUACCUGAAAGGCCUCCGCUUACGUAGUACAGAUGACUUACGAAUGGCUUAUAAUCUAGCUCAUGGCGUACCGAGUCAAGACCGAUCCGAGUUCCUGAACCAUCCUCUCCAACUACGUCUUAUUACCCAGAUAUGGGCAGGGGCAAUUGCUCAAGGGAACAAGGUCGCACUGACUGCUUACUGUACCCUGCUCAAGGAGCACUGGGAUUGCACUGAUGUAAAAGAUGCAGAAUUUAUGAUCGACGAGCCCACGGCUAAAGCUGUCUGGCGAUGCCUCAAAGAUGAAGCAAGCUUGCUAGGAAGAUUCUAUGUUCCUUCAGAUAGUAACGACCUGGUAUGA